GAGGGUGGAGAUGUGGGGAGCGCGCCGGGCGCAGGGAGCUGAGUGGACGGCUCGAGACGGCGGCGCGUGCAGCAGCUCCAGAAAGCAGCGAGUUAGCAGAGCAGGGCUGCAUUUCCAGCAGGAGCUGCGAGCACAGUGCUGGCUCACAACAAGAUGCUCAAGGUGUCAGCCGUACUGUGUGUGUGUGCAGCCGCUUGGUGCAGUCAGUCUCUCGCAGCUGCCGCGGCGGUGGCUGCAGCCGGGGGACGGUCGGACGGCGGUAAUUUUCUGGAUGAUAAACAAUGGCUCACUACAAUCUCUCAGUAUGACAAGGAAGUCGGACAGUGGAACAAAUUCCGAGACGAUGAUUAUUUCCGCACUUGGAGUCCGGGAAAACCCUUCGAUCAGGCUUUAGAUCCAGCUAAGGAUCCAUGCUUAAAGAUGAAAUGUAGUCGUCAUAAAGUAUGCAUUGCUCAAGAUUCUCAGACUGCAGUCUGCAUUAGUCACCGGAGGCUUACACACAGGAUGAAAGAAGCAGGAGUAGACCAUAGGCAAUGGAGGGGUCCCAUAUUAUCCACCUGCAAGCAGUGCCCAGUGGUCUAUCCCAGCCCUGUUUGUGGUUCAGAUGGUCAUACCUACUCUUUUCAGUGCAAACUAGAAUAUCAGGCAUGUGUCUUAGGAAAACAGAUCUCAGUCAAAUGUGAAGGACAUUGCCCGUGUCCUUCAGAUAAGCCCACCAGUACAAGCAGAAAUGUUAAGAGAGCAUGCAGUGACCUGGAGUUCAGGGAAGUGGCAAACAGAUUGCGGGACUGGUUCAAGGCCCUUCACGAAAGUGGAAGUCAAAACAAGAAGACAAAAACAUUGCUGAGGACUGAGAGAAGCAGAUUUGAUACCAGUAUCUUGCCAAUUUGCAAGGACUCACUUGGCUGGAUGUUUAACAGACUUGAUACAAACUAUGAUCUGCUAUUGGACCAGUCAGAGCUCAGAAGCAUUUACCUUGAUAAGAAUGAACAGUGUACCAAGGCAUUCUUCAAUUCUUGUGACACAUACAAGGACAGUUUAAUAUCUAACAAUGAAUGGUGCUACUGCUUCCAGAGACAGCAAGACCCACCUUGCCAGACGGAGCUCAGCAAUAUUCAGAAGCGGCAAGGGGUAAAGAAGCUCCUAGGACAGUAUAUCCCCCUGUGUGAUGAAGACGGUUACUAUAAGCCAACACAAUGCCAUGGCAGUGUUGGACAGUGCUGGUGUGUUGACAGAUAUGGAAAUGAAGUCAUGGGAUCCAGAAUAAAUGGUGUUGCAGAUUGUGCUAUAGAUUUUGAGAUCUCUGGAGAUUUUGCUAGUGGAGAUUUCCAUGAAUGGACUGAUGAUGAGGAUGAUGAAGACGAUAUUAUGAAUGAUGAAGAAGAAAUUGAAGAUGAUGAUGAAGAUGAAGGGGAUGAUGAUGAUGGUGGUGAUGAUCAUGAUGGAUACAUUUGAUUGAUGACAGUUGAAAUCAAUAAAUUCUACAUUUCUAAUAUUUACAAAAAUGAUAGCCUAUUUAAAAUUAUCUUCUUCCCCAAUAACAAAAUGAUUCUAAACUUCACAUAUAUUUUGUAUAAUUAUUUGAAAAAUUGCAGCUAAAGUUAUAGAACUUUAUGUUUAAAUAAGAAUGAUUUGCUUUAAGUUUUUAUAUUCCUUACACACAAGAAAAUACAUAUGCAGUCUAGUCAGAGAAAAUAAAGUUUUGAAGUGCUACUAUAAUAAAUUUUUCAGGAGAACAAACUUCGUAAAUCUUCCAUAAGCGAAAUGACAGCCAGUGCUUGGGAUCGUACAUGUUAAUUUUUUGAAAGAUAAUUCUAAGUGAAAUUUAAAAUGAAUAAAUUAUUAAUGACCUGGGUCCUGAGGAUUUAAGAAAAAUAUGCAUGCUUUAAUUGCAUUUCCAAAGUAGCAUCUUGCUAGACCUAGACGAGUCAGGAUAACAGAGAGAUACCACAAGGCAAGAAAAACAAAGUGACAAUUGUAGAGUCCUCCAUUGUGUUUACAUUAAUAGUGGUGUUUUUAACUAUGAAAUUAUUCUGGAUCUCAUAGUACAUUUUACAAAAUGGCAAGUAUGGAAAACCAUGGAUUCUGAAAGUUAAAAAUUUAGUUGUUCUUUCCAAUGUGUAUUUUAAUUUGGAUGGCAGUCUCAUGCAGAUUUUUAAAAAUACUCUUUAAUAACAUGAUUUAUUUGACUUUCUAGAUUUCUUUAUCUUUCUGACCAGCAACUUAGGUUUCAGAAUUUAAAUUAGGAAGACAAAGGGAAAGAUUGAUUUAAACCGUAUUUUUACAAAGUUUGUCAUUUGCCCCAAGGUCAAAUUUUAAAUUCUUAAUUUUCAUUUUAUUUCCCAUUUUAGAUAAAAAUUUGCAUUUAAUCUUAGACCUAUGCUAUUUUUGUUAGUUGUGCCGAAACCUAGAGAACGUAUUGUAUGGUGCCUUGCAAAAAUAGAAAUAGAAAGAUUUUAGCAUGCAUACCAAUAUAGUAUAUUACGCAAUAUAUAAGCACACCUAAUUAACAGAUUAAUAACAGUAAAGGUACUGCUGCUGGAAUGAAGAAAAUGGGAUAUGUUUCUUCCUUUUUUUCUAUUGUUACAUAAUUGCCAUGUGGACUUGUUUAUGAUUAUUGUGUAGAGUAGCAUUUAAGAUUUAACUGUAGCAAAAAUUACUUUAACCUCUGUAUUUAAGUUAGCAUGUUAAUUAAUUGUGUAGACAUUUUGGCACACCAUCACUUUUAACUAUAUCAGAACAAUGGUUUUGUGCCCAUAAUAAAAAUGGAAAAUCCUGUUGAAUGUUACAUAUUGGUAUCUUUAAUUUCAACAGUGGGUAAACUGAUUUCCCAGUAUACAAUUCAUUGAAAGCAAAAUUGAUGAAUUAUUUCAAUUUAAUUUAUACACACUCAAUACAAACUUUAAUGUUGAGUUUAUGUAAUAUUUAAAGUAUAAUGCAUUUUCUUUUUUACUGUUUAUGUAUAGUUUACAAAAUAAAGAAUCUUAUAACCAAA